AUGCACAAGGAUGGAAUAUCGAGCAAAAGAUAUGUUGAUGGGCCCGGAGUCUGGGUGAGCUGUGUCAGAGGGAAGGAGCGACAAACAGUGGGCGAGCUAUACGAUCUCUUUCACUCGGUUGCCGCCGAUCUAUGGCCGAUAGAAGAUACCCAUUUGCUAAAAAACAGUCCUCAAGAUACAGAAACUCGCGAGGAAUCUGAAGUCUCCAUCGAAGAACAAAUUAAUGCCGAAGUCAUUGCCAUUAAGCGUCCAAAGUCAGAUCAGAAAUUUGCGAGUUGUCAGACCAAUACUCCCUGCGUGGUGUUCAUAUCGUGCAAAUCUCCUGUUGAUCCCGUCCAACUCGUCGAGACUCAUAUCCAGAAUGUCAAGUCUACUGGCGCCGCACGAACACGGUAUACCCACCGCUUCGUCCCUGUAUCUGCGACGUGUUACGCCGAUUUAUCCGAUAUGCAGACACUUUGUAAAUCGGUUCUUCAGUCCUAUCUUGCCAAGUACGACGAAACCUUUUCGCACACUUACAAGAUUGAGCUUCGAAUGCGGAAUCACACUAAUUUGACGAGAUCCGCAGUCAUAGAAGCUAUUGCGGAAUGUGUUCCAGAAAGGUGUAAAGUUAACUUGACAAAUCCAGAGUUGUUCCUCCUGGUCGAGAUAUUCAAAAGCGUUUGCGGCAUGUCAAUUACCACAAAUUAUUAUGCUUUGCAUAAAUACAACGUCACGGAACUUGCCAAUGACUACGCUCAAAAAGAUGACGAAGGUAGUCGAGUUCCUGGGAUGUGA